CGCGCACGGUGCCAUGCGCGUUCCCACUUUCUGCUGCGCAUAGACAGCCGGUGCGGAGAGAGAGAGAGAGAGAGAGAGAGAGAGAGAGCGCUGCUAUUACUAGUGACAGAAAACGGCAGAGAGCACAAACAGUCUGGAGAGCGGUUGAUGCGACAAGAUGCUGAGCGUCGCCUUGCUGUGUGUGUGCGCCGUCGCCUUUGGACACGUCUCCGCUCGCUCCGACAGCGGCAAUUUUUUGGAUGAUAAGUGGCUCGCCGGAAGAUGGGAUAAAUUCAGAGAUGAGCCUGGAACAUGGACUCCAUCCAAGCCCUUCGAUCAAGCCCUUGAUCCGGCAAAAGACCCCUGUCUUAAGAUCAAAUGCAGCCGCCACAAGGUGUGUGUGGCUGAAGACUCGAGGACUGCCGCCUGUGUCAGCCAGAGGAGAGUUAGUUUUAAAGAUGCCAGUUUGUACCAGAGCCCGGGAUCAAAGUGCAAACCCUGCCCUGUGGUUCACCCCUCUCCAGUUUGUGGCACAGAUGGACACAGCUACUCCACCAAGUGUAAGUUGGACUACCAGGCGUGCAUCACAGGAAAGAAGAUCGCCGUGAAGUGUCCUGGCAUGUGUCCUUGCCCCGCUCAGCCUGAACCAAGCUCUGCAGAGAAGAAAGUGUGCAGUGAGUCUGACCUGAAGGAGGUGGUGAGUCGUCUGAGGGACUGGUUCAGAGUGCUGCACGAAAACGGCGACCACAAGAGAGUCAAGAUCCAGAAGCCGGAGAAGAACAAGUUCGAGGUCGGGGCUUCACCCAUCUGUAAGGACCCUCUGGGCUGGAUGUUCUCCCGUCUGGACACAAACUUUGACCUCCAGCUGGACCAAUCAGAGAUCAAGAGCCUCUACCUGGACAGGAACGAGCCAUGCUCCGAUGCUUUCUUUCAAUCCUGCGAUACGCACACAGACAAAGUUAUCACCGGCUCCGAGUGGUGCACGUGCUUCCAGAGGUUCACAGACUCCCCAUGUAAAGCAGAGCUCUCCGGUAUCAGUAGAAAGCAAGCAGGGAAGAAACUGCUCGGUCAGUAUCUGCCAUCCUGUGAUGAGGACGGUUACUACAGGUCCCAUCAGUGUCACAGCAGCAGUGGCCAGUGCUGGUGUGUGGAUCACUAUGGCAACGAGGUGGCCGGCUCACGCACACACGGUCCUGCAAACUGUGGCGUCAUUUUGGAAUCUUCCGGAGACCUCGGCAGCGGGGACUCGCUGUUCACGGAUGACGAUGAAGAUUCGUUUGUGCUCAACGACCAGGCAGGGAUGGACGACGAGGACGACGAAGACGAGGACUACGAUGCCGACAACGACGAAUAUCUGUCGUAAUUUUGCAAGAGAAAAGAAAAAAAGAAAAAACUGUUUGUUUGGUCAAACUGCACGUUUCUAGGUGACUCCCCGGGCAGAUACUUAAUCGUACUAACAGCCUACGGACUACUCUCUGUGUAUUGUUUGUUCAUUAGUAAAAAAAUAACUUUAAAAAAAAAAACGAUAUUCCAGGCAAAUGUUUAUGAUUUCUCUUCCUCUCUAAGUAUAAAAUGUGAUUGGUUAAUGGCACUUGUUCACUUGUGUGUCAGCCAACCAGAGAACUUAUAAGGACUUUUCAACAGCCAAUCCAGUGCUUUGGAUUUGGUCAUGUGUGCGAAGACCUCUCCCCUCAUUGGACAGUCCAUGUUUUGGUGUGUCCUGUCCUUGUGCUGCACUCUGAUGCCUGAGCGUGUUGAUGCCUGAGGCGCCAUGUUUAAAGAGAUUUCCUCCUCCUUCUUCAUUCCUUUAUCCUUCAUCCUCUUCCUCCAACACCCCCCCCCCCCCCCCCCGCCCUUCCUUUUUUUGCUCCUUAUCAAAUGUUCCUGUGUAUAGGUGGGAUGUUGAAGAUGUAGAUAAGAGAAUAUUGCACUCUUUAGGUUUCUUUUCAUCUUGAUUUGUAACUGUGACUGUAACUGUGUGGAAAAACAAGAUAAGAGUUAGACAUGCUUCAUUAGGAGAAUCAAGGCAACAACAACAAACAAAAAAAAAGCAGUGAGUUGGAUAACAAUCAGAACCGGCAUGCUCGCUGUUUUCACUGGGAUACAAUUCAAGUUAAAUUAUCUCUAAGGCUUAGCAACAAAGGAAAGACAAUUACUGCUUGGCCGGUGGUGUUGGGGGGGGGGGAAUAUGAUCUAUUUUUUUCUAAUCCAUUGUUGGAUGAAUAGAGAAGAUGAAACAGAUUUGUCGUAGCAUUACUAAUGCUACUUGAUGUUGCUUCAGUCUGUAGAAACCAGAGGCUAAACCUUUCUGGAACUCAACAUAUAACAAAGCUGGAGGGUUAAAAAAAAAAAAAAAAGAAGUAACAUUUCUUAAGAGGUUUUACAGAUGAAACGUCGCUUGCAUUGUGUUUUUGCUCUGCGUGAGCCACAAAUCUGUGUGAUGGAAAUGUUUACCGGCCUUUUUUUCUUUUUUUUUUUUUAAGCGUUGUCACAGCUCACGUCGCAAACACCCACUCCAACAAAAGUUAGUUUGGGUGUGUUUUAGAAAUGUCUGCAUUGAGUCUUAGGCUCGCCAUGUAACUGAAUAAAUCUCUUGCACAGUAAUUAAAAUCCACAGAGCCAUGCAGACCUGUUGAAAAUGUCUGACGGGGGGGGGAUGAUGGGUAAGGUGUGCCUUUUAUUGGUAAGGAGAGAUGGGCGGUGAUAGUAGGAGAAGCAUGCUAACUGGACCGACGUAAGCUAACACUGCAUAAGAGCGGCUUUGCUGUUAAGCUAACAUACCAUUCGGGUUUUUGGUAUGGCUUGUGUUUUUUCGGUCUUGUGACAUAGGCCAUGUUUCAGAUAUUUUGAUUUGUGACAUAGGAUAGCUAGAAUGUAGAGAAGCACAGUUAUACUUAACAGUUAAGGCAUAAACAACACUUAUAACAUUCUGCUGGAUUCGAAAAUGGUUUAUAUAUUAGAGCACCGGCUAGAGGAAGCUUUGGUUUAGACAGCUUUAUAUAUUGAAAAAAAAAAAAAAGGAUCAUCUUACAGUGUUUUGCUUUUUCUUUGUUUUUAAAAGCUUCAUUUGUACUUGAUCUGCUCUAUCUACUUAUAGUGUAUAUCUGUAAGAGUCCCAGAUUUGUGUAUUCCUGCUGAGCCCUGUGACUGUUUAUGCAGACCUGGGAUUUGCUGAGCAACUAUGUUAAUUUUUCAAUAAUCAAUCUGCCGUCGGGCUUCAUUUUUUUUUUUUUUUUUUUAAAUCAAACAUUAGUUGAAAUUCCAUUUUAAGACUUGCAAAGUGCCAUCUAACUGUCCUGUAGGUUAUUUUUCUCUUUUUUUGCUCACAUCAUUCCUUUUAACUUUGAGUUUCUUUUCACUUUUUAGAAACUGGGAAACAUUUCAGUCUUUAAAGUGUGCUGUUUUCAUGAGCGUGAUGACAUGCAAAUCAUUUGAAGACCUCAGACACUGUAGCCACUCUCAACCAAUCACACUGUCAUCACAGCUCUGAUAGUGUUUUAAGGUUACGAUACAGAUGCAUUUUUUUACAGUGUAUGUAUGAUUUGCUGAAAUAAAAGCUAUAUUGACCAAG